ACGCCUCUCUCUCCCUAUGCGCCAGCGCCAACCCCGUCUGCGCUGUGGCCCCUUUUCACCGUUGCGACCAGGUCUGCCAGACCGCAUGAUGGACCGACAGUAGAGUACAGCAAAGCACCAAAUUUGUUUUAGCUCAGCACGAAACGGACCACAGCCACGACCCUUUCUUUGGACGACAGCCCUCCAACCACCGAGCAUCGCGUCCGGAUCUUUGAACCUGCAUCUGGAACUUGGCCCUUCUUUCAGCUUCUCGCACCGGCACCUCACAUCACCGGCAUCGUCCUCGACGCUGGCACCCAUCCUCCUAUCAGUGCCCGUCCUCUCCUGGUCAAUGUCCCUCCCGCAGCCUUGAACAACUGGCUUGUCCGUUUCUGACUGAUACCCUCCGGUCCCCACCUGCUUCUUUGGCAUCCUCCACGAAUGUCUCUUUCGACAAGGACUCGCCAACCUUGCUCCCGGUAGUGUCUGUUACGAACUGCCUCCCCUACGCCGCCGACCUCCCUUUUGAUACACGCUCAAUGCGGCCAGCCUCUUCUCCAUAGAACCCCCGACGCAGAUCCUGUAAUAUGUCCUCGAAUUACGAUGUUGGCACCCGGGCGUGGCAGCCCGAUGCCGCAGAGGGCUGGGUUGCUUCCGAGGUGACAAAGAAGCAAGUAGAUGGCGAUAAAGUCAUCCUGACCUUUAAGCUGGAAAAUGGCGAGGAGAAAGAGCUCAAGAUUCCCCUCGCCACCCUCGAGAAGGGCAGCGACGAUGCCCUGCCUCCGCUGAUGAACCCGACGGUGCUCGAGGCCAGUGAUGACCUGACGAACCUUUCUCAUCUUAACGAACCAGCAGUCUUACAAGCAAUCAAGCUCCGCUACCUCCAAAAAGAAAUCUACACAUACUCCGGUAUCGUGCUAAUAGCUACAAACCCCUUCGCCCGUGUCGACUCCCUCUACGUCCCAGGCAUGGUUCAGGUAUACGCGGGCAAACAAAGAGCAACUCAGGCACCCCAUCUUUUUGCCAUCGCCGAGGAAGCAUUUAUAGACAUGUUGCGAGAUAAAAAGAACCAGACCAUUGUGGUAUCUGGCGAGUCCGGUGCCGGAAAGACCGUGAGUGCUAAGUACAUCAUGAGAUAUUUCGCAACCAGAGAAUCGCCAGACAGCCCCGGGGCAAAGGCCAAGAAAGGCUCCGACGCGCUGAGCGAGACCGAGGAGCAAAUUCUUGCUACCAACCCUAUCAUGGAAUCCUUUGGUAACGCCAAGACGACUCGAAAUGACAACUCGUCCCGGUUCGGAAAAUACAUCGAGAUCAUGUUCAACAGCAACACGGACAUCAUCGGCGCAAAGAUCCGCACAUAUCUGCUGGAGCGGUCAAGAUUGGUGUUCCAGCCCAUGAAGGAGCGCAACUACCACAUUUUCUACCAGAUGCUCGCGGGUGUUUCCGAGCAACAGCGACAGGAGUGGAACCUGCUCCCGGUCGAGCAGUUCGAGUACCUUAAUCAGGGAAACACCCCGACCAUCGACGGAGUGGACGACAAGGCUGAGUUCAAGGCGACCAUGAACUCUCUGUCGACAGUCGGCGUCGACGAAUCCACGCAGACCGAGAUCUUGAAGAUGCUCUCCGGUCUUCUGCACAUGGGCAACGUUAAGAUCGGUGCCUCGCGGAACGACAGUGUGCUCCCGCCUGAGGAGCCCUCUCUGGAGAAGGCUUGUGCCCUCCUUGGAAUCGAUGCUGCCGAGUUCGCCAAGUGGAUCGUGAAGAAGCAACUUGUCACUAGAGGCGAGAAGAUCACGUCCAACUUGAGCCAGGCCCAGGCCAUCGUCGUCCGAGACUCUGUUGCCAAGUAUAUUUACUCAAGCCUCUUCGACUGGCUGGUCGAGGUCACCAACCGCAGUCUGGCCACAGAUGAGGUCCUGAGCCAGGUCCAGUCCUUCAUUGGUGUUCUGGAUAUCUACGGUUUCGAACACUUCGCAAAGAACUCUUUCGAGCAGUUCUGUAUCAACUACGCCAACGAGAAGUUGCAGCAGGAGUUCAACCAGCACGUGUUCAAGCUUGAGCAGGAAGAGUAUCUCAGGGAGAAGAUCGACUGGACAUUCAUUGAUUUCUCAGACAACCAGCCCUGUAUCGAUCUGAUCGAGGGCAAGCUGGGUAUCCUGUCCCUGCUUGACGAAGAGUCAAGACUUCCGAUGGGCUCGGACGACCAGUUCGUUACCAAGUUGCACCAUAACUACGCCGCCGACAAGAACCAGUUCUACAAGAAGCCUCGGUUCGGCAAGUCUGCUUUCACGGUGUGCCAUUAUGCCGUCGACGUGACAUACGAGUCGGAAGGUUUCAUAGAGAAGAACCGUGACACCGUCCCAGAUGAGCAUAUGGCCGUCCUGAGGUCAAGUAAGAACGCGUUCCUGGUCUCAGUGCUCGACGCUGCCGCGUCUGUUCGCGAGAAGGACGUGGCAUCAGCAACCACGAGCUCAGUCAAGCCGGCAGCCGGCCGGAAGAUCGGUGUGGCUGUUAACCGCAAGCCCACCCUCGGCGGUAUCUUCCGAUCUUCGUUGAUCGAGCUCAUGAGCACCAUCAACAACACGGAUGUGCACUAUAUCCGUUGUAUCAAGCCGAACGAGGCUAAGGAGGCUUGGAAGUUUGAGGGACCCAUGGUGUUGAGCCAGCUCCGAGCUUGUGGUGUCCUCGAGACAGUCCGCAUUAGUUGCGCUGGAUACCCUACGAGAUGGACAUACGAAGAGUUUGCUCUCCGUUACUACAUGCUGACGCCGUCGACCCAAUGGACGGCGGAGAUCCGGCAGAUGGCCAACGCCAUCCUGGUGAAGGCCUUGGGAGAAAGUACUGGCGGAGGUCAGGACAAGUACCAGCUUGGUCUGACCAAGAUCUUCUUCCGGGCAGGCAUGCUUGCCUUCCUCGAGAAUCUGCGUACCAACAGACUCAACGCGUGUGCCAUCAUGAUCCAGAAGAACCUGAGGGCCAAGUACUACCGCCGCAGGUAUCUUGACGCCAGGGAAUCCGUCAUCCAGACCCAGGCCAUUGCCAGGGCCUACAUGGCAAGGCAGAAGGCCCAGGAGUUGCGGACGGUUAAGGCUGCCACUACCAUUCAAAGGGUCUGGCGUGGACAGAAGGAGAGGAAGAAGUUCCUUCGCAUCAAGGCCGACCUUGUUCUUGCUCAGGCUGCCAUCAAGGGUUACCUGCGCAGGAAGGAGAUCAUGGAGACACGCAUCGGCAAUGCUGUCUUGCUCAUCCAGAGGGUAUGGCGGUCAAGGCGGUCGGUGCGGGCCUGGAGGCUGUACCGCAAGAGGGUCAUCCUCAUCCAGAGCUUGUGGCGUGGUAGGAAGGCGCGGAAGGAGUAUAAGGGUCUCCGUGAGGAAGCCCGCGAUCUCAAGCAGAUUUCCUACAAGCUUGAGAACAAGGUGGUUGAGCUCACCCAGUCUCUUGGCACGAUGAAGUCGCAGAACAAGGAGCUCAAGGCACAGGUUGAGAACUACCAGAGCCAGAUCAAGUCCUGGCAGACAAGGCACAACGCACUCGAGGCUAGGACGAAGGACCUCCAGGCUGAGGCCAACCAGGCAGGUAUCGCUGGAGCACGUCUGCAGGUCAUGGAGGAGGAGAUGAAGGAGCUGCAGGCUCGUUUUGAAGAAUCUGCCGCCAACCUCAAGCGCAUGCAGGAUGAGGAGAAGCAGUUGCGAGAAUCCCUGCGGGCAACCAACACAGAACUCGAGGUCUCCAAGCAAGAAGCCACUCGCCACGACAACGAGAAGAACUCGCUGCGUCAACAGCUGGCCGAGCUUCAAGACGCACUGGAGCUUGCCCGACGUGAGGUGCCUGUUGGAGCCGAGGUCAACGGCAACGGCGUGACGCCUGCUAUGAGUGGCCUCAUUAACCUGGUUUCCUCCAAGAAGCCAACUAAGAGGCGGAGCGCUGGAGACCCCGGGGUUGCCGACCGCUUCAGUGCAGCAUACAACCCUCGCCCGGUCUCGAUGGCUGUCACUGGCCGCCAAGCCGUCAUGUCAGGAUCUACUCUUAUUCCUGGCGUUGACAGCAUCGAGAUGGAGCUCGAGGCUCUCCUUGCCGACGAGGAGGGUCUCAACGAGGAGGUCACCAUGGGUCUUAUCCGCAACCUGAAGAUCCCCUCGCCCAACACCAACCCACCUCCUUCCGACAAGGAAGUCCUCUUCCCGUCGUACCUCAUCAACCUCGUUACUUCCGAGAUGUGGAACAACGGAUUCGUCAAGGAGUCCGAGCGCUUCCUUGCCAACGUCAUGCAGUCCAUCCAGCAGGAGGUCAUGCAGCACGACGGCGAAGAGGCCAUCAACCCAGGUGCCUUCUGGCUCUCCAACGUCCACGAGAUGCUCUCCUUUGUCUUCCUCGCUGAGGACUGGUACGAGGCACAGAAGACCGACAACUACGAGUACGAUCGACUCCUGGAGAUCGUUAAGCACGACCUGGAGAGCUUGGAGUUCAACAUCUACCACACCUGGAUGAAGGUCCUGAAGAAGAAGCUCAACAAGAUGAUCAUUCCCGCCAUCAUCGAGUCCCAGUCGCUGCCCGGCUUCGUCACGAACGAGAAUAACAGGUUCCUCGGCAAGCUGUUACAGACGAACUCGCAGCCCGCGUACAGCAUGGACAACCUGCUCAGUCUCCUGAACAGUGUGUUCCGCGCCAUGAAGGCGUACUACCUCGAGGACUCCAUCAUCACCCAGACGAUCACGGAGCUGCUCCGCCUGGUCGGCGUGACUGCCUUUAAUGAUCUGCUGAUGCGCCGCAACUUCCUCUCCUGGAAGCGAGGCCUGCAGAUCAACUACAACAUCACUCGUAUCGAGGAGUGGUGCAAGAGCCACGAUAUGCCCGAGGGCACCCUCCAACUCGAGCACUUGAUGCAAGCAACCAAGCUCCUGCAGCUCAAGAAGGCCACUCUCAACGACAUCGAGAUUAUCCAGGAUAUCUGCUGGAUGCUCUCUCCCAACCAAAUCCAGAAGCUCCUGAACCAGUACCUCGUCGCCGACUACGAGCAGCCCAUCAACGGCGAGAUCAUGAAGGCCGUGGCGUCACGAGUCACUGAGAAGAGCGACGUCCUCCUCCUGCAGGCCGUCGACAUGGACGACAGCGGGCCUUAUGAAAUCGCUGAGCCGAGAGUGAUCACUGCUCUCGAGACCUACACGCCUUCCUGGCUGCAAACCCCCAGGCUCAAGCGCCUAGCUGAGAUUGUCUCUGCGCAGGCGAUCGCCCAGCAGGAGAAGAUGGAGUAUGGCUCCCAGGGCGGGUACGAGAACGGCGACAUCGAGGAGAUGGACGAGACACCAGAGGCCAUCGAGGCCAGCGCAUAGAGUGCGCCGCCGCGCCCGGGACUCCGGUUGUCGUCCGAGUGUUUCCCGCAGCAGUCGCCGAGGUCGUACCUGCUGUCCCCGUUUAAGAAGGCAGGUGCUGGCAGCAGGAAGCCCGAGGGGAGCCUCUUGCGCGACCGCGCAAACGGGCGGCAGCAGCAGGGCCAGCAAGAGGGCGGUGGUGAUGACUGAGCACAGCAUGCUGCCUUCCUCUACCACCUUGCUGGGACGACAGGGAAAGGGAUGGGUGUAUGGAUGGGAUGGGAUGGAUGGGAGAGAAAUGAAAUGAGGCCAUGGUUGUACGUCAUGUAUGAUUGCUUAGAUGUGUAUGUAUGUGUAUGUGCAAAAAGGUUUGGCGCGUGCGCGUCUUUGGUGGUGGGGGCUUGGCUGGCUGGUGGUGCUGGUGCAACUAUGAACAAUUUCAUCAUCCCUUCCUUGAUCCACUCACUACAUCUGGAAUCACUUGCAUGGGGGUUUGUUUUCUUGUCUUAGGGGAUCCUGGGAGAACGGGGCCGGCGGGCUGGCUGGCAGUGCUGAGGAGGGGUGGUGCGUGGCUGAUUGAUGUAUGGGAGAGAAGGCUGGCAGCGCAGGCAGUGCAGAGGGAGGAAAAGAAAGUGGCCAUGAUGGGGGGCAGACGAUCAUAUAUAUCAAGCAGCGAGGACUUUUGGCGUUCUAAUGCAUAUCACCGGGGCAAGUUUUAUUUGAGGUACUGCAUGGUAAAUCGUCAUCCUGGCACCAUCCCACCUUAAGCUACCUCUAAGGAGGUUUCUCCUUAGAAGGCUGCCUUAUAGAAAGGUAUAUCCUAUCAGAGAUUAUCCCUUGGGAAGAUUGCCCCUGGGGGGGCUGUUUACUCAAGAGGUCAACC